AGCAUAGCCACGAUGCCACAGUCUGCAGAUGACAUUAUCGACCCCUUCGGUACAACCUGUAUUGUAGUCGACAACACGGCUCACACACUCCUCCAAUAUUACCUCCGCACAGUACACCCAAGUGUGUGGCACGUACUCUGCGCCGACAGUAAUGGAAGCGCUAGUAUUUUCAAGGACAGGGCGGUCUCCGUCUUACAGGGAGCCUUGAGCGAGACGUAUACCAUGUACUGCCUCUUGGCCUGCAUGAACGUUCACAUGAGAUAUUUGGACGGCUGUGAAUCCGGUAAAGACAAUGAGUACUUCAUCGUCAAGGCUGUGAAAGCUUCACAUGACUACAUGCGACGGGCUGAGCGGAUAUCUGAGAGAAUGAUAUUCAAUAUCUUCCAGUUGGGCUUCGCGGAGUGGUAUCGCAACAAUGAGCAUGCCGCAUUGGUGCACUUUCGUGCUACUACAAACAUGACAUAUUCCAUUGGGGGUCUGAAGGCGUUAGCCAGGCCCCUCGCCGAUCUGCUGGUCCUGGGAGAUGGAUACAUUGCUGGUGAGCUCGGAACCUUGCCUAUUUUUUCUCACACAGAAUUUGCCAGGCAAGACGACUCAGACUCAGUAGUGGGCGCCUAUGUCCUUGACAUUCACCAAACGAUGCUCUCAGGUUCAGUUACCGUCGCACGUGGACUUCUGCAACAUGGAAAGAAGGAACUGGUGCCUCGCAACUUGGAACUCAUGAUCAUGGAUCUCGCAGUUGUGGUGUCAGUCAUGAAUGCUGCUGAUGCCGGCGAGACGCCACAAGAUUUGGCAGAUAGUGCAUUGCAUUGGAUAUACCAUCGCAUACUUGUCAUCCGUCAUCAGCUUUUGGAAGUGAGGUUUGAAGAUUCCAGAGCCGAGUCGAUCAGACUUGCGAUAAUUCUUUGGAUUCUUCAGUGCUCCACAAGGGCCGGGCGUAUCCGAUCAACGAAGAUAAUAGCACCUCAAGUGAGAAAGUCUCUGCAAGAUACGAAGGAGAGCACUUGGAAAGCCCACAAUGACGUUAGGCUCUGGAUCUUAAUAAUUGGCGCAACAUCGGCGCGGACUGGAAGUGGCGAUCAUGCCUGGUUCUUGCAGCGGAUCCUACGCUCC